UGAACUGCUGCCUGGCUGUUCUCAUGGCGUGUUUCUUCUAUUGGGUUUCAGCAUCAUGGUAAAAGACCAACGUUUGACUUCAUGUUGACCGAAUACCAUGAGAAUGGUACUUUUUGUCAAACUUUGUCCACCGAACGUGAACUGAUAGAAGGGAUCAUCUGCAACAAAAGCUUCACUUUGGAGGGCUUAAAUGUGAUUUAAUCAAUUUCAAGGGUUGAACGGAUACGUUAUCUGCUUUACAGGGCCGAAUCAAAAUUAACCUUAAGAUACAUCUCUCAAGGUGGACGUAGGUUUUGCAGUUUUUAGCUAGGUAGCAGAAGUUGCUUCGUUUUGCACUUUCAAGCCACUGCUCUGGCUCUUCACACGAAGUGAAUGAGACAUUUUUUAACUGGGAAUGAAUCACUUUCAAGGGUUGAAUUUACACAUCAUCUGCUUUAGAGUGCCAAAUCAAAAUUAACCUUAAGAUAUAGUUCUCGAGGUAGAUGUGAGUUUGGCAGUUUUAAGGUUAGACAGCGGAAGAUGCUUCACGUAAGCCGCUGCUCUUCACACGAAGUGAAUGAGGCAUUGUUAACCACUUUGAGCCCAUUAUACUAUGCUAAUUAACCACCACACUUACCCAAACUUGUAUCUACCGCAUUCUGGAGAACGGCCAACUAGAGAACACGAAAAGCUUAUGACAAUUCUGGUAUAUAAGCAAAAGAAGGGAUGCUUUUUAGCCACUCUUUUAUGGUGGGUUUUCUGUUCUGACUAAAAAGGCAGGGGCAUGGAUGAACCCAAGAUCCUGAAGCUAGCGGUCUUUCUUGUAUUUCUGGUUGUGCAGCCGAGGACAAACGGCCAAUGGAUACCAAGGCCCAUUCCUCCUCCCAUUGCUCCUCGCCCGCUCUGUGCAUCCCAAUUUGCACUGGCAAGUCAUGCAUGUGCAUUUCUGCCAUAUGUUCCUAGCCCUUCGCCCUCUCCUCCUCCUCCAUCACUGAUUGAGCGACAUGACAGCCUAAAGCAUCAGCUCAGUCAUGACCAUGAGCAUGAACACCUGCACGGGCAUCAGCACAAUCAUAAGCAUGAGCAUGACCACGAACACGAGCAUGAGCAUGAGCAUGAGCACAAGGAUGGGCACCGGCAUGAGCACAGGCACAGGAGGCAUAGGCACACAAUGACACCUGUUGAGGCAAGUUGCUGCCAUUGGUUGGGAACCAUUGACAGUGAAUGUGUCUGUGAUCUGCUGGUUUACUUACCUCCCUUCCUUUCCAGGCCGGUCCAUCAGUACACAGUCUUGGUGAAGGACUCAUGUAAUGUGACUUUUCAGUGUGCAUCACGGUUAACAACCUAGUUAUUACUCGUGCAUAUGCAGUGUUAAAAGUGGGAACUUAAUGUUCUGUUGAUGUCCAUCUUACUCUAAGGUUAAAAGCUUGAAUUAUGCCUUGUUCGUUCUCAAUCACUCUCUGUAAGAGAUG